AUGACUUUGAAUGUGGAAGAAGCUAAAGUGGGCGUGUCUAGAGUGCGCGGCUCCUCAGGAGGAAGUUUGAUGAUCAAGUGUGAACAUCCUCAAUACAAAACCAAACCAAAAUACAUCUGUAAAGAAUCAGAUGGAUGUUCAGAGAGGAAUAAUCCAGGAGUUCAGGAUAAAUGGAUGGAGAAUGGAGAUGUUUCUUUAUAUGACGACACCAGAGCAGGAGUCUUGAUGGUGUUUUUUAGAGAGCUGAAAGCUGCAGAUGCAGGAACAUACAGGUGUGGAGUGAACGUAUCUGACUAUACUGAGAGCUUCACUGAACUACAGCUGAACGUCAGACACGAUAUAAAAUAUCCAAAGAGUGUGACUGAAUCUGUGUAUCUUGGUGGAGAAGUCAACAUCACCUGUCAGAUCCCAGAGGAGCAUGAAGUUCAUUUCUGCAAAGAGGAUGAUAUUCACAUCUGCCAAACCAUCAGCUCAUCUAAAGUGACAGAAAUGAGUGGUUCAUCAGAGAGAAAUGAAGAGAGAGUUGUUACAGUGAGCAUCAGUAAUGUGAGUGUGAGAGAUGCUGGAGUUUACUGGUGUGGAGCAGAAACCAGAGACACAUAUCUGACUUUCAUCUCCCUGAACACUAAAAUUCAGCUCAACCUCAUCAUUAACGUGUGUGAAUCAUGA